AUGCAGAAGUUAAACACAAGAAGCUGUAUUUUCCUUCUCCCCCGAUGCCUGUGGGAGCCAAAGUCCUGCUGCAAUGUCACCUGCUGGUGGAGGGUGACAAACCAAGUGACUGACUGUGACAUUACUGGGGGAUGUGUUGUGAUGUCACAUCCCUCACUGAUUGUAUCUGGGCACUGGCAGGGCCAGCAUGGCUCGAGCCUGGACUGCUGCCAAGGCUGCGAGGCCCGGACCAUCAAGCCAGGCAUCUCCUGCAGCUGUGUCGUGGGCUGAGGGCUGCCACUGGGAAUUCCCUGCCGGUCCUGGAGCCGUCACUGCAUGUCCCUAGCCCUGCCUGGUCUGGGCAGCCGGCACCGCGGCGCUUGCAGCACUGCAGCACGUGCCACACUUUGGAGGCGCUACGGAAUCAUCAAGGCUGGAAAAGACCUUCAACAUCCCCAAGUGCAGCUGUCGGCCCAGCACCACCUCCAGCGCCAGCAAUGGGGAGCAUCCUGUCCUUGCCUCUCCCUGCAGCGCCGCAGACCGCGGGCAAGGCCACGCAGACGGAGUGGAACUGCCCCGUGUGCCACAGCGUGCAGAGCGACACCGACGCGGUGCCCUGCGGCCACCGCUUCUGCCUGGGCUGCCUCCUGCGGCACACGGCCACCAGCCCGACGUGCCCGCUCUGCGCCAGCCCCCUGCUCAGCGCCCGCUUCUCCGUGCUGGGGCAGAACGACUUCCUGCAGUGCAUCCUCAGCCCGCCCGGAGUGCCGCCGGGGCCCGCCGGCUGGGCGCGGAGAGCUCUGUUCCGCCUGGUCCACACCCGCCCCGGGCCCUCGGCCCCGGCUGAGGCGGCGUGCGCGGGCCCGGAGGCCGCGGGAGGCUUCCCGGCCGACGAGUGGGAAGAGCUGCUGCACGGACAGGAGCAGCUCUUGGAGCCCGUGCGGCCCUGGCUGCGGCAGAGCCUGGACGCCAUCUACGGCCCGCAGUGGUGGGAGGCCAGGCCGGUGGAGAGCAUCGCCCUGUCCACCCUGUGCAUCUGCGGCCCGGACAGGGAAGCCCUGACCCACAUGCUGCGGAGCUACCUCGGGGAAUACACAGCACCGCUGGUGCACGGCCUCAUCCACGUCACCAUGCACCGCUGCAGGAACGCCUGGACGCCGCGGCGCUCCCCGGCUGCCCGGCAGGAGCAGGAGGAGAGCCCCGUGGCCAGCGCCGGCCUCUCGGCCCCGCCGGGCGGGACCCGCGGCCCCAGCCCCAGCCUGGCUCCCGGCCCCGCAGGGCCCGGCGGGGGGGACCCGCCCAGCGCCCCAGAACCCGCCCGCCCCCGGGGUCCCGGCCGCUCCCCGGCCGCGCCCGCUCCUGCGGAGCAGCCCCAGCCCCAGCCCCGGGCCGUGCCGCAGGAGGCCGCGCCGGCCCCAGGGCCCUCGGAGCCCCGCCCGCGCAGGAGCCUCCGGCUCCGGCUCCGGCCCACCCGGCGCUCUCAGAGGAGGAGGGCCUACAGAUACCGGCGCCCUUUGAGGUUCAGGAAGAGGAAACCAAAGACGAGAUAA